UUCUACGUGGAGAUCCAUCCACCCCGUUUCCGUCUCCGUCUCCGUUUCCGUUUCCGUUCCUCCCCACAAAUAUAUAAACCCCUCUCCAAUCCCUUGUCCUCACACAGCAAUCUCAAAAAUCCUAUUUUCUUUACCUAAUCAGUUAUUAUGGCUCUUAAAGCUGUUCAUGUCUCUGAUGUUCCCAAUCUUGACCACGUCCCUGAGAAUGCCUCUCUUUCUCUCUACUCAACUCGUUUCUCCAAAGGAGUUGAAUUGAAUAGAGAAGCUACGUUCAAGACACCAAAGUUUUUGGUGUUUGGGCACAGAGGGAAUGGAAUGAAUAUUUUGCAAUCAACAGAUCGUAGGAUGAAAGCUAUUAAAGAGAACUCCAUUAUGUCUUUUAAUAGUGCUGCUAAACACCCCAUUGAUUUCAUCGAAUUCGAUGUUCAGGUCACAAAAGAUGAUUGUCCAGUCAUUUUCCAUGACGACUUCAUCCUCUCUGUAGAUAAUGGCAUCAUUUUCGAGAAGAGAGUGACAGAACUUUCCCUGUCUGAAUUCCUAUGCUAUGGACCCCAAAAAGAAGCAGGAAAAUCAGGCAAAUCUUUGGUUAGGAAAACAAAAGAUGGGAAGAUAGUAGAGUGGAAUGUCGAGAAAGAUGACUCAUUGUGCACUUUGCAAGAUGCGUUUCAACAAGUGGAGCCUUCAGUUGGCUUUAACAUUGAACUAAAAUUCGAUAAUCACAUUGUCUACCAACAAGAUUAUCUCAUUCGUGUUCUUCAAGCCAUCUUGCAGGUGGUAUUUGAUCAUGGUAAGGAUAGGCCUAUUAUUUUCUCAUCAUUCCAACCUGAUGCAGCAUUGCUCGUCAGAAAACUGCAGAGCACCUACCCUGUUUACUUCUUGACAGAUGGGGGUGUUGAGAUUUUCUAUGAUGUAAGGAGAAAUUCCUUAGAGGAGGCUAUAAAGGUGUGCUUGGAGGGAGGUUUGCAAGGGAUUGUGUCUGAGGUCAAAGCGGUUUUUAGAAACCCUGGGGCAGUAUCCAAGAUCAAGGAUGCCAAGCUUUCACUUGUAACUUAUGGAAAAUUGAAUAAUGUAUCAGAAGCUGUUUACAUACAACAUUUAAUGGGUAUCGAUGGAGUGAUAGUUGAUCUGGUUCAAGAGAUCACUGAGGCAGUAUCUGAUCUGAUAAGGCCAUCAAAGGUGGAAGAAGCAGAGAGUUUAGCAGAAGGGCAUAAUGAGAUGGAGGAGAAAUCAAAGCCCAAAUUCUCACAGAGGGAGCUUUCAUUUCUUUUGAAGCUCAUUCCAGAAUUGAUACAGCACUAAUCCCAUGCCCUUUUUUGUAUAAUUUCACUAGAAGUUGGCAGUUUUGGUACCUCCUUUUUUAUGCUUGUAAAAAAUCUCAUCUCUUCUACCAUUCUGACGAUGACCCCCCCCUCCCCCGCAAUGAUAUCACAGGCAGCUGCCUUUUCCAGCUUAUCAAUGUGUAAAAGAAUCUUCUUUAGCUGUUGAUCCCCAAAACAGGGGGCUUGUAUUUAGUUUUAUCUGUUUACUUCCCAUCAAUAUGGAGUUCUUGUUACAUGGCC